AUGCGCAGAGUUGUUGUUCGCUGUCUCUCUCUUCUCUCUCUGUCUCUCUGUCUGUCUCUCUCUCUCUCUCUCUCUCUCUGUCUGUCUGUCUGUCUGUCUCUCUCUCUCUCUCUCUCUCUCUCUCUCUCUCUCUCUCUCUCCCAAACAUUAUUCUACCGACUCAACACUUGCCCCGGGGUCACAACCUGUCCCUGCAGUAAAACGAACGACAGCAGUUUUUGUACCCCACCGGACCGCUUGAAGACAUCACUUGGUGAACAAGCUGCAUUCUCGGCGACAGCCAAUAGUACGUCAUCACUCCUCUUUUUGUUCACAUCUUUGUUUUCUUCUCGUCUCUCUCCACCCCCUUUCCUAAUUACUUCUUCUCUUUUCACUUCCGUUUUUAUGUUUUCUACUUCCGCUUUUUUUCUUCUCUUAGUUUUUCGUCUUCCUCACCUUCGGGUUCUUUUUUGUAAUUAUUUAUUAUUCAUCUUUCUUCCAGUAAUUUUUCCAAUUUCGUUUGCUUCUUUUUCCUUCUCUUCCAGUGCUCUUCUUUUCGUCUUUUACCCGACAUCGUUCUAUACGUAUCGCUUUCCUUCCUUCCUUCCUUCCUUCCUUCCUUCCUUCCUUCCUUCCUUCCUUACUGCCUUCCUUCCUCCCUCCCUCCCUCCCUCCCUUCCUUCUUUCCUUCCUUCCUUCCUUCCCUUCCUUCCUUCUUUCUUUCCUUCCUUCCUACCCUUCCUCCUCCUUCCUUCUCUUCCUCCCUUCCUUCCUACCAUUCCUUCCUCGCUACCAUUCCCCUCUCCCUCCCUUCUCUUUCUCUCUUGUUUCCUUCCUUUUUCCCUUCCUUCCUCCUUUCCUUCCUCUCACCCUCUCGCUCUCCCCUUCCUCACUUCCUUCCUCCCUCCCAUCCUUCAUUAUUUUUUCCUUCCCUCCCUUCCUUCCUUUCCCUCCUUUUCUACAAUUCCUCCUCCCUUCCUUCCUACCAUUCCUCCCUCCCUAACAUUCCUCUCUCCCUCCUUUCUCUUCUUCUUUUGCUUCCUUCCUUUUUCCCUUCCUUCCUUUCACUCUCUCUCUCUCUGUCUCUCUCUCUUCCCUUCCUCCCUUGCUUCCUUCCUUCCUUCCUACCCUUCCUCCCUUCCUCCCUCCCUUCCCUCCUUCUAUUCAUUUGCUUCAAGGAAUAUGCUCAUCGAACAAAGUUGA